AAAGGCACCCCAUAGUAAAGUAAGUCGUAUUUCGAAAAAUUCGAACAAUACUUCACGAAAUUUCACGAGAGGUGGUCAAUCUCUGUUAUACAAACAAUUCAAAAUUUUGUACGGAUUGGGUUAGAGAUAGUUAUAAGUAGGUAGAUAUUUUAUUAAUAAUUAAAAUAAAUACUAUGAUUAAACAUUAGUAUGUAAAACAAGAGUAACUAAAACAUCUAUUAUUAAUAACGAAUCGUAUGAACAACAAAGAUGAAAGGCCAAAGAGUCAUAACACUUGUACUGUAAAAUGUUGAUGUAAUACACAAAAAUAAGACUAGUAAACAGGAGGCUAUUGUCAUUUACGUGAAAACAACUACUAUGAACGCUUGUCAACGUUAGCACGAUGGCACCGAAAACCAUUGGAGAGUCAGCCGAAAAAUCCGGCCCAAAAGAACAUCGCAAAGGGAGACAAGAAAAAUAAAAAGAAAAUUCUUUUCAGUGCUACAGAUCAUCAUAAAGAAUUAGUUGAAUUUUCUCUUGUGUACCAAAAGCAUCAGAUUUAUCAAAAUGGAAGUAGACAAAGUUUGCACCGUCACUAAUACAUUCCAUUACGACUCACGCAAUGCGAAAAUGAAAUUAGUAAUAUAGAACACAUCUUUAUACUAGAAAGGGUGUCGUUUGGAAAUAUGCCAUGCGAAACAAAGUUGCCACGUAUACAGAUCAAUCUGUAUUUUUGUCGUGAAUACUUUAGUAUGGGGCGCCUUUUGAUCGUGAUAUCUAACACAUUUAAUUAUGACAGUAACCCUGUUUCGCAAUGCGAAAAAGAAAAUUUUGAUAUAGAACACAUCUUUAUACUAGUAUGAGUGUCGUCUCGAAAUAUGCCGUGCGAAACAAGGUUUUUUUUUAUUCAAUAAUAUAAUGUUUAGGGCACACUGCUUAAACUCUAAGAUGCUUCUACUAAUUCAACUUAAAAACUUAAUACUAGGGUUGCAUCAUUUGAUAAUAUCAUAUUCGGGUCGCAGUGGUCGACUUUGGCAGAUCCAGCCUUCAGCUGGCGAUCGGCAGUGGCCGGUGAAUUGAAUAUUGCAGUCUUCUAUAUGGCUUUGGUGAAUAUCUAUGCUGGCCGCAUUCUUCGGUCCGUGUGGGUCCACGGGAAACACCCCCAGGUUACGAAUACCCGGCGGGUGGUCCGCAUGCUGUUGAUAAACUAGAGCGGCCUUCUGUGGGCGAUGAUGGUGUUUUUACGGAAGAAAAUGAAAAAAAAAUAUUGCGAAGUAAAUAUUGCAGAAAACGGAGUAAAAAGGGGAUAUGGGAAUGAAAUGACUAAGAACGACAGAGAUCUAAUUAGUUGACAUCGAGAUUUUGAAGAGACGGAGAGGGGGGAUGCGAAAAGGUUAGUGACAGCAAAAAGAUCUUGUUAGUUCCGAUGAAGAUGGUGGACAGAUGAGGAAUCGGGAUAAUCGGCGGAAGUUAGUGUCGAACCUGCAGGUGAAAAUUAUUCUUAGCCACAGUUGAAACAACGUCGAUAAAUAGGAGGAAUUUUCUAAGCAAGAUGUUACAGAUUAUAACUAUCCCGACUCGCCAACACAUCCCAAACCGGAACCUCAGGCGGUCUACCUCGGGCCUUGAGGGAUUCCAGUAGCUUCGAGCUGGCGUCGCGAUACUCUACGCACGACAACACGACAUGCCCGAUGUCCUGAUAACCGUCGCCACUGGUUCAGAGCCCGUUCUCCACGAUCCCGAUACGCCGGAGAUGUGCGUUGCAUGUAUAGUGUCACGUUCAUCCCCUUGAACAAAGGUUUCGUCGAUACCUUAGGGAUAAUGAAGUGUAGCCAUCGUCCCAGUUCGUCAUUGCUCCAUGAAGUUUGCCAACUUUCGAGAGUUUUCUGACGAGAGAUACUGAAAAAUUCAUUGAAGCAGAUUGGUCUUUCAUAAAUAUCACCGUCUAAUGCGCCCACCUUACCCAAUGAGUCUGCCUUUUCAUUGCCAAUGGAACAAUACGAAGGGACCCAGACUAACGAUAUUGAAUAAGACCGUUCAGAUAAAGUUCUCAAAUGUUCCCGUAUUUUCUCCAGGAAAUAUGGGGGAUACUUUUCUGGCUUCAUCGUCCGGAGAGCCUCUAUUGAGCUAAGACUGUCCGUGACGAUAAAGAAAUAGCCUUUAGGCAAGGUUUCAAUGAUCUCAAGGGUGUACUGAAUAGCAGCUAAUUCUGCGACGUUAACUUAAGCCGGAUCACUGAGUUUGAACGAAGCGGUGUUGUUUUGUUUGAAGAUACCGAAGCUGUGGACUUGUUGAUGUUUGAUCCAUCAGUAUAAAACAUCUUUUCACAGUUGACUGUUCUAAAUUGAUUAUUAAAGAUAUUAGGGACCACUUGUGGGCGUACGUGAUCCGGAAUUUCACGAAUCUCUUCCUUCAUGGAUGUGUCGAAAAACACAGUAGAAUCAAAAGUAUCCAAGAAAUGAGCACGGUUGGAAGCAAACGAAGAAGGAUUGAUAUUCUGAGCCAUGUUAUCAAAAUACAAAUACAUAAAACGGGUUUGAGAAUUAAGCUCAACUAACCUUCAGAAUUUUUCAAUCACCAUCGGAUUCAAGAUAUCGCAUCGGAUAAGCAAUCGAUAUGAGAGAUCCCAGAAUCGGUUUUUCAACGGUAAGACGCCCGCGAGCACUUCGAGACUCAUCGUAUAAGUCGACUGCAUGCAACCUAAGGCAAUACGCAAACAACGAUACUGAAUUCUUUCCAGCUUGAUGAAAUGAAUGUUCGCCACGGAUCGGAAGCAGAAGCAUCCAUAUUCCAUUACGGACAAUAUCGUUGUUUGAUACAGCCUUAUCAGGUCUCCUUUGCGGGCACCCCACCACGAUCCAGUUAUUGUACGAAGAAAGUUGAUUCUCUGUUGGAAUUUUCGUUUCAGAUACCUAAUGUGACAUCCCCAGGUGCCUUUGGAGUCGAACCAGACCCCGAGAUAUUUAAAUGUGAAGACCUGAGCUAUGGUUCCCUUAGUUGAAGUUGUAGUUGUGCUGGUUCUCGCUUCCUUGAAAAUACAAUCUGCUCAGUUUUCUCCGUAGAGAACUCGAUACCCAUUUGAAGAGCCCAUGUGGAUAAGUUGACAAGAGUAUCUUGUAACGGCCCUUGCAGAUCGCCAGCUUUGGGUCCUAUAAUAGACACAACGCUGUCGUCGGCAAGUUGUCUUAGCGUGCAAGAUGUGUUGAUACAUUUAUCGAUGUCGUUUACGUAAAAAUUGUAUAAAAGGGGGCUUAAGCAUGAGCCCUGACGAAGACCCAUGUAACUGAAUCGUAUUGUCGACAAAUCACCAUGCGCGAAGUACAUGUGUUUCUAAGACAAUAGAUUAUGUAAAAAGUUGUUCAAAACUGGCGAAAGACCAUGCUGAUGCAGCUUCUCAGGUAGGAUGUUUAUAGAAACUGAGUCAAAUGUCGAGGAAAACUGAUGCCAUUUGUUCUUUACGAGCAAAUGCCAUUUCAAUUUUUGUUGAGAGCAACGCAAGACAAUCGUUCGUUCCUCUGCCCCUGUGGAAACCAAAUUGUGUAUCUGAAAGCAAAUCAUUACUUUCAACCCAAUUGUCUAGACGAAACAGAAUCAUUUUUUCGAACAAUUUCCGGAUACAGGAAAGCAUAGCAAUCGGCCGAUACGAAUUGUGAUCGGAGGCUGUUUUUCCUGGUUUUUGAAUGGCGAUCACUUUCACUUGUUUCCAGUCAUGUGGAACAAUGUUGUCCUCAAGGAACUUUUUGAAUAAACUCAACAAGCGCCUUUUGGCGGGGCAGGCAGAUUUUUCAACAAGUUGAAUUUUAUUCUGUCUAAUCCCGGGGCUUUAUUGUUACAUGACAAGAGUGCAAGUGAGAGCUCUACCAUCGAAAACGGUGUUUCGUUCGUAUUUGGUGUCGCGGCGCGGGUGAUCUUCUUUUCCGGAACAGAGUCUGGGCAUACUUUUUUAGCGAAAUCGAAUAUCCAGCGGUAUCCAGUAUUCCUCGGUUUCAUUCGUUAUGUUAUGAUUGCGCAUUCGUAGCACUGUGUUCCAAAGAGUGCUCAUACAUGUUUCUUUCGUUAAGCCGUCUAUAAACCGACGCCAGUAACCGUGUUUCUUGGCUCUAAUCAAGUUCUUAGUUUUAACGUCUAAGGCCGUGUAAUUCCGGUAAUUAUCAGGUGUUUCAUUUUUUCUGAAUAUUUUAUACGCGGUGGUUCUCUCCGCGUUUAAAUUUGUGCACUCUUUGUCCCACCACGGGUUGGGAGGACGGAUGUUAGUUUUUGCGUCGGGUACACGUUUCGGAAUUUGUGUCAUUUCUCCUGUAUUCAAGAUUGUCAUAUUGAAGUUGUAGCAAAUAGCAUGGCUCAUAGCUGAUCUGUUAUCGUCGUGAAGACAGCCCCAUCCCGUACCGUGUGUGUUAAAGUCGCCUAAAACCAACGUCGAUGCGAGAAGGAGCUCAAUGAUAUCACUGAGCCGCCGAUACCCAACCAAGGCUCUAGGAGGAAUGUAGAUGGAAGCAAUACAAAGGUCCUUACCUUUGAUUGUAACAUGACAUGCGACAGUUCGGACGCGUUUUUAAUUUGCUCCAAGAGCCACGGUGCACGAGUUUAUUUAAUUUGCUCUUUAAUCAAAACAGUAUUGCUUUUUGUUUAUUAUUCACUAUGACCUGCGAAAUUUGUGCUUUGGAUACCACCGUCGACUCGGUUAUGUCCACGAAAAUUUCACGCCACCUGUGUUGGAGUGUCUAUUCAGCGGGGUUCACUGCGGAGAAGGGAUAGAAGAGUUAUUGACGUAAACUCUUGUAUACUGCUGUGAGUCCUGUCAAGAGCUUGUUAACGCAAAAAUGGACCUAGAUAGACUAGUUGAACCACAAAAGCUUCUUGAACGUCAACUCCAUUCAAACUCGGAAGUUGUGCAUAAACUUUCGAUGCAACAAGAAAAGCCAAGCUUAGUUCAUGAGGCUAUAGAUGCCCAAGAAAUAUUGCUUACGACUAUAAGAAAUGAAUUGAUUUCAAUAAACAAAAAUAGCAGCUUGACCGGCAGUGUUGUUGCCAUUAAAAACCAUGUCACCUCAUUGUUCGAUACAGCAAUGUCAGAAAUGAAGGAAAACGUGUACAAUGACUUAAAAAACAGACUUCCGAAUUAUCAUCUGAGUUACGUGAUAUGAAUAACGAGCUAAACCAUAUCAAUCAGCUAUCUCUUGAUACUGGCCAGCAGCACCAUGAACGUAAGUUCGACAUUGACCAUUGACAUUCUUGACGAAAUCAAGUCUUUGUCAGCACAUUUAGUAGCAGAGAAGAAACCUGUGCAAAUACCAGUGCCCAAUGCCUCAGGCCUCAGUUUGGCGGCAGAAUUAUGCAAAGUAGAUAAUUCUGGAGUGACUACGAUGCGCGAGAAUCUAGAAGAAUACAUCAGCAAAAACAAGCUGCAAAAGCUAGGAGUCACAAAAAGCAAAAAAAGUUAUUCAAGAAUUUGAAAAUGAACAAAACUGUAAACAACAGCGGCAACAAUUUAAGAAAUCAUAGUAAUUACAAUGAGAAUUGCAAUAUUCGUGGCUCAUGUUAUCCUAGUAAUGAUCAUCUAAUACGAAGACAACCCAACAGCAUUCUCCUACCAGACAGAGUGUUUCUUACUGCUGCAAAAGACCGCUUUUCUAGGCCGUUAGCAAAUAAUAGACCAACCAUUCAAUUCCAAAAAGGUGAGAUAUUGAAUCCAUAUCCAGCGAAUGACUUACGACGAUCGCCGCUACGAUGCAACACGAUGACUCCAAAAAGUGCGUCAGCUACUUUGUACGGCACUCUCAAUUCUCAACACUCUUGUUUUCGGCGUCAUUGACACACCCCUUAGGAGAAGAAAACGACGACAACUCUAUUGAUUAUAAUGCUUAUCAUUCAAAUGCUGCACAAUUUAAUAAGUCAUCAUUGGAGGUCAUAGUUUAUGGCCAGAAUUUUAAUGGAAUGAAAAGUUUGUUGAAAAUAACUGAAAUUUGUAAUAAAAUAUUAAGUAGUACUAAGUAGUGUCUGAUAAGAGAUCGGGUGGUAGAGUACUAAUUGCUAUUUCUACAAAAGUUAAUGCUGAGAUCAUAUCCACUAGAAAAAUUAAAGAAUUCGAGCACGUAUGGGUGAAAACUCGUCUGGCAGAGGAAACACAUAUUUUCUGCUCAGUGUAUUUUCCCCCAAACAACACCCGUGAAGAAGUAUAUGAAAAGUUUUUCCAGAUUGCUGAAGAAAUCAUAACUAACCUUCCUUCCUAACUGAAAGUACACAUUUAUGGUGACAUCAAUCAACGUGACAUUGACUUUUUCCCAGACUCUGAAAAUGAGAGCAUCCUACUACCAGUGGUAGGAGAGAAUGAAACCCUCCAAUAUAUAUUUGAUCAAGUUGCAUGCUUAGCACUCAGCCAAAUUAAUCACGUUAAAAAUCAGCAAAACUGUUACUUAGAUUUUUUACUAACAAAUUCACAAGAAGACUUCUGCCUUACCGAAUCCCUAACCCCCUUAUGGAAAAAUGAAAGAUUUCACAUUGCAAUUUGUUCAUGAGUAUAAUAGACCCGAUGAAUAUGAGUAUGACGAGGUCUUUCAGUAUGACUUGGCAAAUUAUGAUAACAUAAAGUUAAAAUUAAGUAACAUUGAUUGGCAAACCAUUUUCAGGGUGGCUAAUGUUGAAACUUCUGUGGAAAUGUUUUAUAAGAUUUUAUUUGAUACUAUUAAUGAUCAGGUACCUUUUAAGAGAAUCAGACGGCGACUUAACUAUAAAUAUCCAAUAUGGUAUAAUUAUAACAUGAAAAAUCUAAAAAAUCGAAAACAGAAGGCCCAUAAAAAAUAAAAAAGAGACAGUAGUAGCGUCAACUUAGGAACUUACUUACAAACUUUUGAUCAAUUAAAUCUGGCAAUUAAAAUCGCUUCCGAGGAGUACUGUUCAAAAACGGAGAGUGAAAUCAAAUCUUGCCCGAAGAAUUUCUUCAAUUACGUAAAAACAAAAAUUGAAAUCUAAUAAUUUUCCCUUAAAAAUGUUUUUCAAGAGUAAGACUGCUGACAACUCGAAAGAUAUAUGUACACUAUUUGCAAAUUACUUCCAAGAAACCUGUACUACGUUUUCCGAAGAUGAUCGAGACCGUGAAUAUUUUAAUUUCUUCCCUGAACAUGCUUGUGACAUUAAUAUUCAUCACAUUAGUGUGCAAGAUAUUAUGCAAGCGCUCAAUAAAUUAGAUUUUUCUAUAGGUCCCGGACCUGAUGGAAUUCCUCCCAUAUUCAUGAAAAAACUAUCGUUAGAACUAGACACUCCCUUGUUUUGGCUUUUCAAUAAAUCACUCAUGACCGGUAUUUUUCCUAAAAUAUGGAAGGACUCUUACCAAACCGAUUCACAAAAGUGGAAAAAAAUCCGAUGGGUGUAAUUAUCGAGGAAUUGCAAUUAUUUCCUGCAUUCCUAAACUUUUUGAAGCGAUAAUCAAUGAAAAAAUGUUUUAUCAAGUGUAACGAUGUGUUAGUCACGUAAAGUUAUCACUUUAUUUUCUGUCGAAAUCGUUGUUACUGGCUACACUGGGAGGACUUCGCUGGUAUCGAGAGAGGAGAGGCGACACUUGACUGAAGCGGACGUGUAAGCCACGACAACCGGAUAGGCAAGGAAUUUACAAUGGCGACGAGGAUGAAAAUAGAUGCGGCAGUGAUGCCUCCGUUUAAUGCCGGAGAUGAUCCUAGAAACAACUGGCUCAAAUGGAAAAAAGCAUUGGAGCGGUUUCUACGAGUUAAUAAAAUCGAAAAUGACGAAGAAAAGUACGAUUUGUUGCUAGUUCUCGGAGCAAUAGAAUUACAAUCAUACUACGAUAAAGUGACAAAAUGGGAGUAUCAUCAUCCGGUAUCCAACAAUAGUGACGAAACGGUUGUAUUAAAAUACGAAUCAGCAUUAUUAUCACUCGACGGAUAUUUCGCACCUCAACUCAACAAACGUUUUGAGCGUCAUGUAUUUCGGGCAAUGAAACAAGAAAACCAGGAGCGGUUCGAGGAAUUCAUUUUCCGUCUUCGGGAACAAGCAAACCGUUGCCUAUUUGCAGACCUAGAUGACUCAAUUGUGGACCAGGUUAUUGAAGGAUGUAGAUCACCUGAACUAAGGAAGAAGUUAUUGACGGAGGAUCUUAAUUUACAUGAUACGACAGUUCUUGGAAAAACCCUGGAAGAAGUACAUAAGCAGACGAAAGAAUUUGAAAAGCCGUCGACGUCGUACGGAUCACCCAGUUUCGAAGGAACAGUGGUACAGAAAAUUGAAACUAGCUGGCCAAGAAAACUCGUUACAAAUAGUUCACGGAAAUGUUAUAAUUGCAACAAGGCCGGGCACUUAGCAAAAGAUGUUGAGAGAUGUCCUGCCAGGAAGUCGAUUUGCCACACAUGUAAAACAGCAGGACACUUUGCAGUAUGUUGUAGAAAAAGGAAAUAUCAACCGCUAACAUCACGUAAGCCACCAGAUAAAAAAGGGGGAGUUCACGUUAUUACAUCGGAUCAAGAUAAACGAAACGGAGUGUUUCUGGUACGUACAAAAGGUGAAUCAGAUGAUGUACUUGUACUACAAUUAGGAGGUGUAAACGUUCGGAUGCUAGUUGAUUCGGGAUCUCCAGCAAAUAUCAUCGACUCAAAAACGUACCAGCUAUUAAGAAAAGGACAAGCUGAAAUAAUCAAUGAUAGAGAACCACAUGAGGAAGAAUUGAACUUGAAGUCAUUCGCUUCAAACAAAAAAAUAAAUUUUAGCAGAGUGUUUGAAACGGAAGUAAAAACUCCUGAAGAAGAUACCGGUAUUUGGACACAUGUGUUAGUGGCUCCAGAAGGCCAAGUGAACCUUUUGAGCAAAGGUACAGCAUUUGCACUUGGAGUAUUGAAGAUCGGAUACAAUGUAAACCAAAUUGCGAUCACUCAAGCAACUGGCAUGGAUGAAUUUCCAAAAGUUCCGAACGUGUUAUUAAACAUACAAGUAGAUAAAACUAUUCAGCCAGUUGUGCAGGGCGUUAGAAGAUUCCCGAUUGCCAUGGAAGCAGAUGUGGAGGAAGCAAUUCAUAAUCUGCUCAAAAGAAAGAUUAUUGAAAGAGCUGAAGGCCCAUUGACGUGGGUGUCACCUUUGGUACCAAUUCGGAAAACUGACGGAAAAAUCAGACUGUGUGUUGAUAUGAGGGCGGCCAAUAAGGCGAUAAUACGAGAAAAUUAUCCUAUGCCAAAUAUCGACAGUGCAAUGGCCACAAUAACGAAAGUAGCGAAAAUGUCGAAAAUUGAUCUCGAAUCAGCUUACUAUCACUUUGAAUUACACCCUGAUAGUCGGGCUAUAACAACGUUUGUAGCCAGGAGUGGUGUUUAUCGUUUUUGUAGGCUCAUGUUCGGCAUAAAAUCGGCACCUGAGUUGUUCCAGCGUGAAAUGGAAAACGUAUUCCGCGGAGUAAAAGGGCUAGUUGUAUAUAUGGAUGAUCUAUUAGUACACGGCGAAACGGAAGAGGCCCAUGAUACCACACUGCGAGAAGUAAUGACUCGUAUAGAGACAAUGAACAUGAAAGUAAACACACAAAAAUCGAUAAUCGGGACAAACAACCUCGAUUUUCUUGGAUACCACAUCUCAGAAAAUGGGAUUCAUAUCACCGAUGCCAAACUGGAGGCUAUACGUAAUCUACAACCACCAGUAACCGUUUCGGACCUUAGAUCGCUGUUGGGGUUGAUCAACUUCUUAGGAAGAUUUGUUCCUAACCUAUCAGAUCUAACUUUCCACAUGCGACAGUUACUCGUGAAAGAUUGCCGCUUCGUUUGGACAGACAACCAUGACAAAGAACUGGCGAUAGUGAAACAAAUAUUAAAUAGAGUUGAAUCUUUGGCUUUCUUCGAUCCACUUGACGAAACGUUACUUGUAACAGAUGCGAGUCCAUGGGGACUAGGUGCCAUCUUGAUACAACUUAAAAAUGGAAUUCCAAGACCGAUAUUUUGCGCAUCAAAAAGUUUGACUACACACGAGAAAAAGUACUGUCAAACAGAAAAGGAGUGUUAUGCUAUUAUCUGGGCUAUGGAAAAAUUGUUCAUGUAUCUCUAUGGUUUACACUUCACAUUGAUUACGGAUUGUAAGCCUCUAGAAUACCUUUUUAACAAAGCGCAAUCCAAACCUUCGGCAAGAAUAGAACGGUGGAUCUUAAGGCUUCAGAGUUUCGAUUUUGAAGUCAAAUAUGAGCCCGGUGAAAACAAUCUCGCAGACCCUUUGUCCAGACUGUCAGUGGUCACUAGUACAUCUAACGACGAAGCAGACGUAUUAGCCUGGUUGUCGGAAGAAAUCAAACCGGCAGCUUUAUCGAUUGAAGAAAUCGAAAACGCAACACUACUAGACACGGAUUUACAAACGGUGAAGGAUGCUAUAUACUCAGGAGACUGGGAUUUAGUGCCGAUCGAAUACAAAACUACAACUAUUCGUAAUGAAUUGUCUUUAUAUGGGGAAUUACUCCUACGUGGGGAUCGCAUUGUAAUUCCCGGAAGCUUGAGAGAGAAGGUGAUUCAAAUUGCGCAUAUGGGACACCAGGGUAGUACCGCAAUGAAAGCACAAUUACGUGGGAAAAUUUGGUUCCCUCUAAUGGAUAAAUCAGUUGACAAUGUAGUUCGUAAUUGCAAACCGUGCAAAAUGACCUCGAUUCCAGAGAAACCAAACCCAUUAACAAGAAGACUCCCAACCGAACCGUGGCAGGACCUUGCUAUAGAUUUUAAGGAAGGGUUACCAGAUAAUGUUUCACUUCUAGUAGUAGUUUGCUACACGAGUCGCUUCGUUCAAAUUGAACCAAUGAAACCGGCAACUACGCAACGUGUCAUUGGUUGUUUACUAAAAAUGUUUAGCUAUUUCGGUAUACCACGUUCGAUCACGGCCGAUAACGGACCACAGUUUAAAGCAGUAGAGUUUUCGAAAUUCUGUAACAGUUAUGGGAUACAUCUAAACCUUUCGACGCCCUAUUGGCCAGAACAGAAUGGUGCCGUUGAACGGCAAAUGCGAAACAUUGGAAAACGCUUGAAAAUAAGCGCCAUACAAGGUACGGACUGGAAAACCGAUUUAAACGAGUAUCUCAUUCUAUACCACUCGACCCCUCAGGAAACGACGGGUCUAUCACCCGGGCAUAUGAUGUUCGGCCGAGAAAUGAGAAAUCGAAUCCCCUCGAUUUACCAACCACCAAAAUUGCAUUGGGAGGAGGCAAGAGAUAAAGACAUGAUGAACAAGGAGUAUCAUAAGAAGCAUGCCAAUCAGAAGCGCCAGGCGAAAUAUCACAGUCUGCGAAUGGGAGAUAUAGUCUUGAUGCGAGAUCUGCACACAGGUGCCAUGCAGCCGAACUUUAGACCAGAAGAGUAUAAGGUGACGCAAAUAAACAAAGGAACAAUCACUGUUAAAUCGGAUCGAACGGGAAAAAUAUAUUUGCGAAACAGUAGUCAUCUUAAGAAGUUAUACGAUACACAAGCUGAAGACGAUACACAGACACACGAAGGUACCGAUGAGUCAACAUCGAAAGAAACCGUGGAACCAUACACUUAUGCGACAAGCGAAGUGGAUAAAAAUCCUGACAGUGUUACCGACAAUGAACCCAGGCCGAAACGAAUCUGUAGAACACCCAAAAGAUUCACAGAUUUUAUUCUACAAAUUGAAGAUGUCUGAGAUAUUAUUUAAAUCGUUAAAGUUAUGUAUUUGAUUCAAGAAUGAGAAUAAAAAUCUGAGAACUUCUGUAACAUAUCCUAUUGUCUAUAAAAAUUGGGAGAGAUGUAACGAUGUGUUAGUCACGUAAAGUUAUCACUUUAUUUUCUGUCGAAAUCGUUGUUACUGGCUACACUGGGAGGACUUCGCUGGUAUCGAGAGAGGAGAGGCGACACUUGACUGAAGCGGACGUGUAAGCCACGACAACCGGAUAGGCAAGGAAUUUACAUCAAGUUAAAAAUAGAAUCACUAAUAUGCAGCAUGGAUUUUUUAAGGGUCGCUCGACUAAUACAAAUUUACUCGAAUUUGUCAAUUACUCACUGGCUGCUAUGGAUAAGGGUAAUUACAUAGAAGCUCUCUAUACUGACUUCAGCAAAGCAUUUGAUCGCAUUGAUAUACCUAUGUUAUUAUUCAAACUACAAAAAUAGGAACUGGUCCUGAACUACUCAAAUGGCUUGAGUCGUAUCUGACUGAUCGUCAGCAAAUGGUUCGAUUUAAAGGGAGGAUAUCCAACCAUGUCCUAGUAACCUCAGGAGUUCCACAAGGCUCUCAUCUAGGCCCUCUCUUAUUCAUUUUAUUUGUAAACGAUAUAUCUCUUAUUUUAAAACACAUAAAAGUGUUGAUUUAUGCCGAUGACAUGAAGCUCUUCCUAGAAAUAAAAAGUGAUGUAGACAAGGUGGUAUUUAAAGAUGAAGUGCAAACGUUCCAUGUCUGGUGUAACAAAAGCCUUUUGAAACUAAACGUCAGCUAUAAUUUUUGCGAUCCUUACACGAUUAAAACAUUAUAUAUUGCCUACGUAAGGUCUAUACUUGAAUAUUGUAGCAUUGUUUGGUCCCCAUUCUCAAUCACUCACAAGGAACGUAUAGAAUCAGUCCAAAAGCAAUUCCUAUUAUUUGUACUCCGUAAAUUAGGUUGAGCCAGAUUUCCUCUACUAUCAUACAAAGCUCGUUGCAUGCUAAUUGACAUCCACAUAUUAGAAGAGCGUCAAGAACAAUUAAUGGUUUCAUUCAUACAUAACAUCCACGGAGAACCCAUAAAUCAUAAAAUCAUAAAAUUGCGAUAUCGCAGUUUUUGAUUUUUGCGAUAGUUGAUUUAACUAAUUUUUUUUAUUCAACCUAUAUGGUUUUUGAUUUGCAUAUAUUCAAGAAGUUGAAAAAUAUGUUGUUUUGGAUGCUGUCAAAUGCCGGAGACAGUUGAAAGCAAAACAAUAAUAGCAAUGCAAAAUCAAUAACUUCAAAAUGUCAAUGAAAACAACAUCGAUGAUUAAAGCGUUUGGUGAAAUUGUUUCCAUUCGAUUUGAGAAAUUUAUGAUUCCAUAACAAGUGUUCAUCUAACAGCGGUGUUGUGAUAACGUUAACCUUAGUUAAGAUGAAAAAGAUUUGGUGACAAAUUAGAAAAUGUUAAUGAAUGAUAAUCUCGUAAACUUUCAGGUAUGCGCAAAAAUUUUAUGCUUCAAAUUCGAUCAUUGAUUUACUUUCAGCAGACUGUUUUACCUUCAGCUGUUUGAUACCGAUGAUGAUCAUGCAUUAGCAAUAAAACGCUUUUUGACAUGAAUUUAAUUUAUAAAAGUAACAGAAGCGAAGGGUUUCAAACACACAAAACGCGCUGCGAUUGAAUGGCGCGUUUGAAUUGCCGUCGCAAAAUUCCAAUUCCCAGCGGUUGAUGCACCCAAGUUUAUAUAAAUUGACUAAUAUUAUCAGUGCAUAACUUUAGUUCAACCGUUUGAAGGCAUCAUCUUUCAAUACUCAUUUUAGGUAAAUUUAAUAAUCUCACGGAACAACCGAAAUUAGCUCUGCGCCUAAUUCGUAUUACUGUUUUUGAAUUAGUUGAUUUUAACAACAAAAUUUCCAAAAUUACUAUAAAAUUUGCUGAAAAAAACUCUUAUUUUUAGAGAAUGUGUUUAGUUGGCGAAUAUUCUGGACACAAACCAGCAAUAUUUCAAUCCAACACGAAAUUCUCGUUGACAACUAAUUUCGUUAUUAAAAUCAGAAAAUUUGUUUCUAUUUAUCUAUCACCGUCAUUACUGAAGGACAGCACAAAGAAAACAAAAAUGAAAUUGGUUUUAUUAACAAGUUUAUUAGCCCAAAACUCAUGAGAAGUGUCAAAGCAAAACAAUCCAUUAAAAAUCUAAAAGGGACAGUCUUGUUGAUACUGCUUGCAAAUUGUUUAGAUGUUUUUCGCUUGUGUUACGAUAUAUCCAUAUAUGAAUUUCUAAACCGAUAUGUAAAAAUGACGUAAACUGUUAGUGAAAAGUGUAUUUAUUCAGAAUUUGUGCGCAUUUGAAGCGAUUGUGCGUAAUAAUGUUUUUACGCGGAAUAGUGAAGUGAGUUUCGAAUGUUGCACUCUAAUUGUGCACGUCAAAUGAUGUCUUCUAACAUUCCAGGCUACGCCGUCCGGUGUAGGGUAACAGAGGUAUUUUGGCCCACUUUAAGAUUGAUUUUAUUUUGGCCCACUUUGUAAAAAUAUCCCCCAAAUGUUAUAAUAUCUUUGAAAUCCCCUUCCGCAAUAGGUAAUUUAAUGUGAUUAGCUUCAAAUUGAUGCAACAUGGGUUACUUAACAUCGAUAAAAUCCGAUGAAAUUGAUAAAGUUUGUUAGGUGGGCCAAAAUAUAUGAAGUGGCCAAAAUACCUCUGUUACCCUACUACUUGUAUUCGGUUUUUGUUUUCCGAAUGCUCGAAGUUUUCAGUGAGAGAGUCGAUUUCGCGAAGUCGAAUGAAGAAAACAGCGAUUUAGAAGUAAAAUUUUUAAAGAGAAGUUUAUGUUUCGUUUAUGUCUUUUUCUCCUAUACAACAUCGUAUUCAUACCUGCCAAUAUAGAAUAAUAACCGCGACUGCUUCAAAUAUGUUUUUACUGUUGGCAUGAAAGCAAUUAAAAUGCUUCUAAGAGGGUCAGAAAUAUUGAAAGUUGUAAAAAUCCAGUCCACAACAUCAGAUAACUUGAUAAGACCAGCACCUAGUUCGUUCUCUGGUAGAUUUUCAGGGACGCUUGGGGAUUUUGUAGUCCCUGGAAGUGGUGGGAAUUCCAUCUCGGGAUUGAGUUUUCCGAGACCAGAAGCUUUUUGCAUCGGUGGUUUGUCACGAUUCCCGUUAGCUGUAACUUUUCGAAGCCCUUUGGAAGACACCUUCGAACCCGUACUAGGGAGCUUCAGGAAUCAGGAAUCAGAGAUUUGUGCCUUGCCAUCAAUUUGUUUUUAGCAUCAUUUUCCCGACAUAUAAGAAGGAAGGAUUGAAAGGAAAUGGUAAGGGUUGGACUAGGAGGAUGGGAAAAAUUGACGACACAAAAACACAUAGAAGCAGAAGUAAAUUCUGCACCCCUAAGGGAUGCCGAACAAUCUGCUGAGGAUCACAUUUAGUGGAAGCAGAAGUAAAUUCUGAACCUCUACGAGGUCCCGAACAGUCUGCUGUUAAUAAAACCUCCAACCCCCGACAGGAUUUAGAGAUCUUACAAAAGCGACACCAUUCUGCACUCCCGGAAGAAUGCAGAACGAUUCGCAGUAUGUACGAGCAGAAGCAAAUUCGGCACCCCCUAAAGGAUGCCAAACAAUCUGCUAAACCCUAUUUAAGGUGAAUACAGAAGGGAUUCAUUCACUCCAGGAAGAAUGAUGAACCCUUCUGACUAUAGCUCCUUACCACAUUGGGUGAGAAACGAGAGAAUAUCCUUCAAUUUUAGCUCCGCAUACACAGACUCAACCAUGUAUGGAGAACCAAAAACCCGGAUACGUAGCUGCGUCAAUGCGGGACAGUUACAUAUCAGAUGAUAUGAAGUACCAUAAUCGCAUUCACACAAAUCACACGAAUAAUACUCAGCACGUUGAAUAGCCAUGUGAUAAUUGAGGUUGCAAUGUCCAGUCAGAGCUCUGACCAGAAUACUGCAAUGAUGUUUGGAGAAAUGCAGUAGACACUUUGACAUUUUCAGAUUUAAAUCUGGUAGAAAUGCUUUUGUCUGAGCGCAAGUUUGCAAGCUGCGCCAGUAGCUGGCAUGUUUGAAUGCAGCCCAAGAACGAAUCUUGUGCUUUAUCCAACUAGUUGAAAGUGGUAAAGCUGGUUCAGGACCAACGAAAUCAUUCGUUGCACCAGCUCUAGCCAACUCAUCAGCCCAUUCAUUUCCAGUAAUACCAGAAUGGCCGGGUACCCAUAAAAAGUAAACAGCAUUUGAAAUUCUGAGGUCUUCAAUUUGAGUUCGACAUGCGAUCACUAGAUUCGACCGUGAGUCAUUCGAACUGAGUGCUUUUAAUGCUGCCUGACUGUCGGAACAAAAAUAAAUUCGUUUACCACAGAUCCUCUGCUGAAAUGCCGAUUGUACUCCACACAGAAUCGCGUAGAUUUCUGUUUGGAACACAGUACAGUAUCUACCAAGUGAAUGAGACUGCUCCAUUCUCAUUUCACGACAGUAGACACCAGCACCAGCACGACCAUUCAACAAAGAACCGUCCGUAUAACAAACUAUGUGUUCAUCAAGUUGUCGUUCCAGACAACCAGACAACCAUUCCUCACGAAGAGGAUAGCUCACAUUGAAUGUUUUGAAAGGAAAACUGCACGUGAGAGUUAGGUCACUAGGAGCGAGUAGAUACUCAUCCCACGUAACCAUUUGAGACCACAAGCGAGUGUGGCUGGUAGCAUAAUCUAAUGGGUUACUGUUCCAAAGCCCUGUAACCUUAAGACGGUAUGCACAAGAUAAUGCUUUUUGUUUUAGGAAUACAUGUAGUGGUUUAAUUCACAGUAGCGCCUCUAGAGCAGCAGUAGGAGUUGUCGUGAAUGCUCCUGUCAUCGCCAUUAGGACCAUCUUUUGGAGAGGAUUUAGCUUUGACUGAACUGUCGCGACUUCUCCUUUCUGCCACCAUACAAGACAUCCAUAUGCUAAAAUUGGUCUAACAAUAUAUCUGGAUUUGAGUCCCCAUGAUUUUCCAAAAGCUCGUCUGCAUUGGCCGAAAGCCAUGCAAGCUCUUUUAAUCCUGAAGUCAAUGUGAGCAGACCAAUUGAGUUUUGAGUCAAGAAUAACCCCGACGUAUUUAACUUGAUCGACCACAGUGACCUCUGAACCAAAGAACUGCAACGGACGAGCUCCUGCGAUUAUCCUACGAUGAGUGAAAAGCACCAUUGAUGUUUUGCCCGGAUUUACAGAUAAUCCAACCUGACAACACCAUUGUUGAACAGAUCGCAGGGCUUGUUGCAUUAAAUCAAAGAGAUUGUUAAUGCUUAUACCGAUCAUCAAUAUAUGAUAAUCGUCGGCAAAACCAUAAGUCGGAAAUCCAAGGUUAUUAAGUUUCCUUAACAAACCAUCAGCGACUAGGUUCCAUAAAUGUGGGGAUAGUACACCACCUGGAGGACACCAGGGAGAACUGGAAUAUAUCCAGUCGCAAAACUAAAAGUAAGUAUUUUCUUCAAAACAUGUUUGAAAUGUUCAUAUCCUUUCUGCAGUAACACCGGGAAAACUCCAUCCUUUCCAGGAGACUUGUACGAAGCAAAACUCUCAACUGCCCAUUUGACCGAUUCAAUCGUCACAACGCUUCGAGCAAGGGCCCAAUAAUCGUUACUACCUGAAAAUGUUUCGGGAAGAGCUGUCGGUGAUGGAUCUAUACAUCCUGGAAAGUGAGUGUUAAAAAGUACGGGUGUGCAAUGUCAGAGACAUAACUGGAUGUCGUGAAUACGAAUAUGACACACUUUGUUUAUGCUUCCGAAUUCGAAUUGGUGGUUGAUCAAUUGUUUGAAUUGUGCAACUUUCCCCUCUUGCAUUACUAGAAAUUUACCCUCUUGCAUUACUAGAAAUUUAUAGUUCUUUAUAAUAAAAUAAUGGUGACUCUGAAAAGAACUUUUUAUGAAAGCGUUCGUGAUGGAGAGUGACGAGUUGAGUUAGUUCAGCACGCAGACUCUGAAUUCUAAACCCAUAUUCCGGAACUAGAAUGGGUUGUAUAGAGUACAGUAAAGUAAAUUUCCGCAUAAUUCUUUAGGAGUAUUAUUAUGGUUCUAAAAAGAACCGAAUAGAAGAAGUCUGGAAUAAAGAACUGGACCCUGAGUUCAAGAACUAAAUUUAGAAUCAAUAACAGACUCAGAAUCCAGUUUCAAUUCUAGAACUGCAAUUUCAGUUCCAAAAUACAGUUCCAGAAUCCAGUUUCAGCACGCAGGCUCUGAAUUCUAAACCUAUAUUGCGGAACUAAAAUCUGAAACUUGAACGUCCCCGUUACGACUACCGAAAAGCAAAUAAGAGUUGCGACCUGAGCGUUUGAGGUUUUAACCACGCAGAAGGUGCACUCUCCUUCGCUGCUGGUUGAAGGUUUAACUCUCACGACCAGAGAUGCCAGGUAAAAAAUUCAAAUAUUUGCAGACAGGGUCUGUAAAUCUGAAAAAAAAUCUGCAGUCAGCAAGUAUGUCUUGCUGGCAGCAAUUUCUCUAUAAAGUAUGACACGCAAAACACGCAGAAGGUGCACUCUCCGUCGCUGCUGGUUGAUUAAAUCAUUCCCACGACGUCUAAUUCCAUCCAACGCACAAGAAGAAAUGAUCGAUUUUCGACCACGAGGGAACCGUACGCAUUCAGAUGAAGAUAUGUGCCUGACUACCUCAAAAUCGUCGUCCUUGCGCGAAAAAGCCAAGUAAAUGUGAAGAGUUUUCCGCGUUGUUUUCAAAGUUUUAGAAAACUUAACUUUUGAGUUAUCUGUGGUUAUUUCACAAUGUUCAAAAUAUUAUCCUAAAUUCCUAAUCAUAUUUUUGAUGAAAUGGUGAAAGACUUAUGUUGCUGCCGUUAUUACAAGUCGAGAUAUUCACGAUUAAGUUCUGCCCAUUUUUCCAUAUGGCUAAUUUUGAAAAGGCACCCCAUAGUAAAGUAAGUCGUAUUCACGACAAAAAAUACAAUAUUCGUAAUACGUAAAAAAAAAUAAAAAAUCUAAAAAAAUUUGAACUAACUAAAUAUAUAUUUGCUUACAAAGCGGACUUUAUGUGUGAAAUACAUAACAUUUUGAACUCCACCAAUGUCGUCGCGCGUUUGAUUUUUCUUGGCAUCGAAUUGAAAAAACUUAUUCCCCUGUACAAUAAUGAGUUAUGCGAUCUGGCUAACAGAAAGCGUGGUGUUCUAGCAUCAGAUGCGUUUCUAAUAGUGUACCUAUGUAAAUCAGUUCCUUUUUCAAUUCGAUCACACGAAAAUCGCGGCAGCAUGCCAUUUAAGAUCUUGAAAAUAAAUACCAUGGUUAAGUAGUAAAUUCUCUGUUUCACUGAAAGCCAUUGUAAUGCGUUCAGUAGAAAAUCUGAGGAGGUAUAUCUACUACAUUUUACAAUUAAUCGCAUGAUCUUAUUUUGCAGUCGCUGGAAUCUCAAGAUUUGUGUGUUAUUAGUAAGAAACAGAAUGGAUCGGCAAAAGUCAAUGUGUGGUGAAAUGACUGGUUUAUACAAAAGAAUCUUACUAUGGGUCGUUAAAUCAUUUUUCAAACGACAUAAUACACCAUAAUUUUUGGCAAUCUUCUUGAUGACAUUAUUGAUAUGAGAUUUGAAUGUUAACUUUUCGUCAAUUAUGACUCCAAGAUACUUCAUUUUUCUAACGCGAUCAAUAGUUUCACCAUCGAUUUCCACAUUGGCGUCAUGACCGGUGCUAACAGAAGAAAUAACUAUAUAUUUAGUUUUCGCGACGUUUAGUAUCAGUUGCUUAAAUUUUAACCAUCGAACCAGCAAACCUAGAUCCUCGUUUAAAUGUGCGACAGCUUCAUUGACAUCUUUAGCCGUAAUGAACAGAACAGUAUCAUCAGCAAACAAAUUAAUAUCACAGAAACGUAAGACUCGUUUCAUAUCAUUGAUAUACAUAAUAAAUAGAAUAGGACCUAGCACACUUCUCUGAGGCACACCAAGUGAAUUACCGAGGGAACUAGACACUACAUUUACCAAAUCCAGUAGAUCGUGUUCGAUAACAUGAAAGCAAUCCUGUAUAACUUUUGAGUUUACAUUGUCAAUACCAGUCGAUUUUCCCAAAUUAAAACAAAUAUUUGUUCAUCAAGUUGUCGUUCCAGACAACCAGACAACCAUUCCUCACGAAGAGGAUAGCUCACAUUGAAUGUUUUGAAAGGAAAACUGCACGUGAGAGUUAGGUCACUAGGAGCGAGUAGAUACUCAUCCCACGUAACCAUUUGAGACCACAAGCGAGUGUGGCUGGUAGCAUAAUCUAAUGGGUUACUGUUCCAAAGCCCUGUAACCUUAAGACGGUAUGCACAAGAUAAUGCUUUUUGUUUUAGGAAUACAUGUAGUGGUUUAAUUCACAGUAGCGCCUCUAGAGCAGCAGUAGGAGUUGUCGUGAAUGCUCCUGUCAUCGCCAUUAGGACCAUCUUUUGGAGAGGAUUUAGCUUUGACUGAACUGUCGCGACUUCUCCUUUCUGCCACCAUACAAGACAUCCAUAUGCUAAAAUUGGUCUAACAAUAUAUCUGGAUUUGAGUCCCCAUGAUUUUCCAAAAGCUCGUCUGCAUUGGCCGAAAGCCAUGCAAGCUCUUUUAAUCCUGAAGUCAAUGUGAGCAGACCAAUUGAGUUUUGAGUCAAGAAUAACCCCGACGUAUUUAACUUGAUCGACCACAGUGACCUCUGAACCAAAGAACUGCAACGGACGAGCUCCUGCGAUUAUCCUACGAUGAGUGAAAAGCACCAUUGAUGUUUUGCCCGGAUUUACAGAUAAUCCAACCUGACAACACCAUUGUUGAACAGAUCGCAGGGCUUGUUGCAUUAAAUCAAAGAGAUUGUUAAUGCUUAUACCGAUCAUCAAUAUAUGAUAAUCGUCGGCAAAACCAUAAGUCGGAAAUCCAAGGUUAUUAAGUUUCCUUAACAAACCAUCAGCGACUAGGUUCCAUAAAUGUGGGGAUAGUACACCACCUGGAGGACACCAGGGAGAACUGGAAUAUAUCCAGUCGCAAAACUAAAAGUAAGUAUUUUCUUCAAAACAUGUUUGAAAUGUUCAUAUCCUUUCUGCAGUAACACCGGGAAAACUCCAUCCUUUCCAGGAGACUUGUACGAAGCAAAACUCUCAACUGCCCAUUUGACCGAUUCAAUCGUCACAACGCUUCGAGCAAGGGCCCAAUAAUCGUUACUACCUGAAAAUGUUUCGAGAAGAGCUGUCGGUGAUGGAUCUAUACAUCCUGGAAAGUGAGUGUUAAAAAGUACGGGUGUGCAAUGUCAGAGACAUAACUGGAUGUCGUGAAUACGAAUAUGACACACUUUGUUUAUGCUUCCGAAUUCGAAUUGGUGGUUGAUCAAUUGUUUGAAUUGUGCAACUUUCCCCUCUUGCAUUACUAGAAAUUUACCCUCUUGCAUUACUAGAAAUUUAUAGUUCUUUAUAAUAAAAUAAUGGUGACUCUGAAAAGAACUUUUUAUGAAAGCGUUCGUGAUGGAGAGUGACGAGUUGAGUUAGUUCAGCACGCAGACUCUGAAUUCUAAACCCAUAUUCCGGAACUAGAAUGGGUUGUAUAGAGUACAGUAAAGUAAAUUUCCGCAUAAUUCUUUAGGAGUAUUAUUAUGGUUCUAAAAAGAACCGAAUAGAAGAAGUCUGGAAUAAAGAACUGGACCCUGAGUUCAAGAACUAAAUUUAGAAUCAAUAACAGACUCAGAAUCCAGUUUCAAUUCUAGAACUGCAAUUUCAGUUCCAAAAUACAGUUCCAGAAUCCAGUUUCAGCACGCAGGCUCUGAAUUCUAAACCUAUAUUGCGGAACUAAAAUCUGAAACUUGAACGUCCCCGUUACGACUACCGAAAAGCAAAUAAGAGUUGCGACCUGAGCGUUUGAGGUUUUAACCACGCAGAAGGUGCACUCUCCUUCGCUGCUGGUUGAAGGUUUAACUCUCACGACCAGAGAUGCCAGGUAAAAAAUUCAAAUAUUUGCAGACAGGGUCUGUAAAUCUGAAAAAAAAUCUGCAGUCAGCAAGUAUGUCUUGCUGGCAGCAAUUUCUCUAUAAAGUAUGACACGCAAAACACGCAGAAGGUGCACUCUCCGUCGCUGCUGGUUGAUUAAAUCAUUCCCACGACGUCUAAUUCCAUCCAACGCACAAGAAGAAAUGAUCGAUUUUCGACCACGAGGGAACCGUACGCAUUCAGAUGAAGAUAUGUGCCUGACUACCUCAAAAUCGUCGUCCUUGCGCGAAAAAGCCAAGUAAAUGUGAAGAGUUUUCCGCGUUGUUUUCAAAGUUUUAGAAAACUUAACUUUUGAGUUAUCUGUGGUUAUUUCACAAUGUUCAAAAUAUUAUCCUAAAUUCCUAAUCAUAUUUUUGAUGAAAUGGUGAAAGACUUAUGUUGCUGCCGUUAUUACAAGUCGAGAUAUUCACGAUUAAGUUCUGCCCAUUUUUCCAUAUGGCUAAUUUUGAAAAGGCACCCCAUAGUAAAGUAAGUCGUAUUCACGACAAAAAAUACAAUAUUCGUAAUACGUAAAAAAAAAUAAAAAAUCUAAAAAAAUUUGAACUAACUAAAUAUAUAUUUGCUUACAAAGCGGACUUUAUGUGUGAAAUACAUAACAUUUUGAACUCCACCAAUGUCGUCGCGCGUUUGAUUUUUCUUGGCAUCGAAUUGAAAAAACUUAUUCCCCUGUACAAUAAUGAGUUAUGCGAUCUGGCUAACAGAAAGCGUGGUGUUCUAGCAUCAGAUGCGUUUCUAAUAGUGUACCUAUGUAAAUCAGUUCCUUUUUCAAUUCGAUCACACGAAAAUCGCGGCAGCAUGCCAUUUAAGAUCUUGAAAAUAAAUACCAUGGUUAAGUAGUAAAUUCUCUGUUUCACUGAAAGCCAUUGUAAUGCGUUCAGUAGAAAAUCUGAGGAGGUAUAUCUACUACAUUUUACAAUUAAUCGCAUGAUCUUAUUUUGCAGUCGCUGGAAUCUCAAGAUUUGUGUGUUAUUAGUAAGAAACAGAAUGGAUCGGCAAAAGUCAAUGUGUGGUGAAAUGACUGGUUUAUACAAAAGAAUCUUACUAUGGGUCGUUAAAUCAUUUUUCAAACGACAUAAUACACCAUAAUUUUUGGCAAUCUUCUUGAUGACAUUAUUGAUAUGAGAUUUGAAUGUUAACUUUUCGUCAAUUAUGACUCCAAGAUACUUCAUUUUUCUAACGCGAUCAAUAGUUUCACCAUCGAUUUCCACAUUGGCGUCAUGACCGGUGCUAACAGAAGAAAUAACUAUAUAUUUAGUUUUCGCGACGUUUAGUAUCAGUUGCUUAAAUUUUAACCAUCGAACCAGCAAACCUAGAUCCUCGUUUAAAUGUGCGACAGCUUCAUUGACAUCUUUAGCCGUAAUGAACAGAACAGUAUCAUCAGCAAACAAAUUAAUAUCACAGAAACGUAAGACUCGUUUCAUAUCAUUGAUAUACAUAAUAAAUAGAAUAGGACCUAGCACACUUCUCUGAGGCACACCAAGUGAAUUACCGAGGGAACUAGACACUACAUUUACCAAAUCCAGUAGAUCGUGUUCGAUAACAUGAAAGCAAUCCUGUAUAACUUUUGAGUUUACAUUGUCAAUACCAGUCGAUUUUCCCAAAUUAAAACAAAUAUUUUUCAAUUGUUGAGAAGUUAUUGGUUGAAAUUCAUCAAGUCUACAAUAGUUAUUCAUCGGCUGUGUUAUUUCAACAGGCUCACCUACCAAUUCAAUACUUUGAUUGAUCUGCUGAACACUAUUUAUGAAAUAACUGUUGAACUUUCCAGAUAUAAUUUGUUCUGUGUGUUCUCCUAUACCGUCAAAAGUUAUGCUUUUCGAUGCACUAUGUGUAGGCUUGAUAAGCUGUUUGAGAAUUUUCCAUAACUCUCUACUGUUUUGUUGAUUUUAAUCGAUUCUCCUCUGUAUGUAUUCAUAUCUAGUCUUCUUCAGGGCCCGUGAAUAAAUAUUUCGUGCUUGUGUAUAUCUACUCCAGUAACUAUCAUUGUUAGUUCUACAGAAUCUCUUGUACUGUUUAUCCCUCUCCCGUUUUAACCGUAAGAGGUCUAUUGAGUACCAACUACUCGAGCUGUUCAAACUAACAUACUUUUCAAUUACUAAUUCAUUAGUACACUUUUUCAGUAUGUCAGUAAGAAUAGAUGCCCUGUGAUCCAAAUUUCCAGUCAACUGUGUACAACCCAAGCUUCUUGGUACAAGUCGGGAUAGGGUUUGCUUUGAAUAGUUUUUCCUACACUUGAUUUUCACCGUAUUUUCCUCAUUUCUGGGGCUACUCGUUACGGAAAUUGCAAUUGUCUCAUGAUCUGAAAUCUUGCAAUCGGAUUCCAUAUUUCAAUAAACACCGUCGAAAUUGGAAUACACGUGAUCUAUCAAUGUUUUACUGUAUCUCGAAAUUCUUGUAAAUUCAUUCACAGUUUGCUUCAAAUUGAAGAAUUCUGCUAACUGUUUCAAUUGAUUCGAACCUUGAUCACUGAAUAAAUCAAUAUUAAGGCCAUCGUCCAAGUACCAUGCGCGCGGGUGGUUUUAGGAAAUUUUCGAUGGAAAUUUCGAAAAAUUUGACAAAACCAAAAACAUACAGACCUUUGAAAUACUUUUAUCUAUCUACAGGGUGAAAAUGACUGGAAAAUUCGGAGGAUUUUACGAGUCUUAUCAAAAAUAGCGCUGAAAAAAUGAGCUUUUUUUGUAAUUUUUCACAAUUAUUUGAAAAAAUAAUUCGAUGGAAUGAAAUUUUUUUUUCAAAAAAAACCUCAUGCUGGCAACAAGGAUCACAUUCGGACACAUUUUUGGAAAACCUUUUCACGCUUUUCAUGGAAAAUCAACGA